GCAGUGGCUGCUCUGUUACACUACUUCCUUCUGACAUCUCUCAUGUGGAUGACUGUAGAAGCACUUCAUAUUUAUCUAGGCGUGGUUGUUGUAUUCAAAACACAUCAGCCACCUUUCAUGAAGAGGAGUUCAAUUGUUGCAUGGGGUAUGUAUAACGGUUUUCUGUCUUUCUGUUGGUUGUCCAGGUCAUACUUCUAUGCUGCUUUCCUGGCUCCCGUGGCGAUCAUCCUUACCUUCAACCUUAUCAUGUUUUCUCUCGUUAUCUGCCAUCUUAUCUCAAUGCAACAUAACGAGAGAUUUGAACACAAAACAAGAAAAAUACGUGUUUUUGGUAUCGCUGGUUUAUUCUUUCUACUUGGGCUGUCGUGGGUCUUAGCAUUCUUGGCGUUUGGUGAAGCAGCCAAAGUGUUUCAAUUUCUUUUUGUUACUUUUAAUACUCUGCAAGGAAUGUUUAUCUUCCUAUUCUACUGCUUAUUCAAGGAAGAUGCCAGAGAUGUCAUCUGCUUGUUUGUAUGU